AUGCCGCCAAGGUUAACCCCUUUGCAUGUGUCGACAUGCUGUAGCCGGUUAUUGAGACCCGCGACGAACCCCACGAGCCUCGUCUCCCUCUUCGCCGGCCUCUCCAUCGGCGCCCGCAAUGCCUCCAUCCUCGCUAACUUGAGGGACAACAAGGGAGCUUACAACAAGCGCAUCCGAGUCGGUCGAGGUGCCUCUGCCGGUAAGGGCAAGACGUCAGGUCGUGGUCACAAGGGUCAGAAGCAGCAUGGCCACGUCAAGCCAUGGUUCCAGGGUGGUCAAACACAUUUGAUUGUGCAGAAGGGAAGAAAGGGUUUCGACAACAAGCGUGCUCCCGUCAUGUCCAAGGUCAACCUCGACAAGCUCCAGGAGUGGAUCGACGCAGGUCGCCUGGACCCCACGAAGCGCAUCUCUAUCAAGGAGAUCAUCGACUCUGGUCUCAUCGGUAGCAUCAAGGACGGUAUCAAGCUUCUCGCACGCGGCAAGGAGUCCCUUCGUCAGCCCGUCGACAUUAUGGUCUCCCGCGCCUCCGGCUCGGCCAUCGAAGCCGUCGAAGCCGCCGGCGGCAAGGUCAUAACGAGAUUCUACACCAGGCUGUCCAUGAAGCGCCUCGUGAGCGACGAGAGCGAGAACACGGACAAGCCGCUGCCUCAGGGCAAGGAACACGUCGCCGCGAUCCUCGCGAAACAUCGCAGCGGGCCCUACAGAUACAGACUGCCCGACCCUACGAGCCGUUCCGAUAUCGAAUACUACCGCGAUCCCGCCCACCGCGGAUACCUCAGCCACCUUCUCGAGAAGGGCGAGUCGCCCAGUUUGUACUUCAAGGUCCCCAUUCCGAAGAAACGGGAGCAGAACAAGCCGAAGAAGGAGGUGAAGGAGGUCGUCAAGGAGGACACCUUGUGGUAG